GCUUAUUAUUUUACUUCUGUGCUCUCUCUCUUCUGCUCUCAUCGCUUUCUUCCUGUUUCCGUUAUCUCUCAAGCUCGAGAAGAUGUGUCUCCGAAGUUCUUCUUAUCUCAGGGAAGCUCGAACGGCAUAUUUCCUGGUAAUCUGUUCUGCUUCUGUCUUUAUUUGAUAAAUAACCCUUCUCUUGUUCCGAUUGAUCGAAAAAACCUGUUAAAUAUUAGAAACCCUAAUAUUUACUGUCUCGCGUCUGAUGAGUUUCGAUUUCUACUGCGUUCGUUGUUCCUUUCUCCGAUCCGUGCUGAUCAGAGCUUCUGUUUGCCGUGUUCUUGUGAUUGUCACGGUUUAGAAUUGUGUUUCUCUGUGCUGCGGAUUUUUCUCGUGGUUCUAGGGAUUCGGAUCUUGGUUUUUUCUUGAACGAAGGUUUUGGCUUGAAUCAAUCUCACAAGAUGCCGUGCGCGACUUCCGAUGCGUCUGAUAAGGACUCGGAGCCGUUCGUUGAGGUGGAUCCUACCGGAAGGUACGGCCGGUACAGCGAUUUGCUUGGCUGUGGGUCAGUGAAGAAGGUUUACCGCGCGUUCGACCAGGAGGAAGGUAUAGAGGUGGCUUGGAGUCAGGUACGUUUGUCGAGUUAUAGCGAAGAUCGAUCGGUAAUCGAUCGAUUGUACUCUGAGGUCCGGUUACUUCGUACUCUGAAGAACUCGAACAUCAUCGAGCUUUACAAUGUGUGGACUGAUGAGGAGAAAAACACGUUGAAUAUGAUCACUGAGGUUUGCACGUCUGGAAAUCUGAGGGAAUACCGCAAAAAGCAUCGACACGUAUCUGUCAAGGCCUUGAAGAAGUGGUCCAGACAGAUCCUGAAAGGUCUGGAGUAUUUCCACAAUCAUGAACCGUGCAUCAUCCACAGAGAUCUCAAUUGCAGUAACAUCUUCAUUAAUGGAAAUAUUGGACAGGUGAAGAUCGGUGAUCUUGGUUUGGCUGCGAUAGUGGACAAGAACCGGUUAGCGCACUCGGUGCUAGGGACGCCGGAGUUCAUGGCUCCAGAGCUGUACGAGGAGGAAUACACGGAGAUGGUGGACAUAUACUCGUUUGGGAUGUGCGUACUGGAGCUGGUGACGCUGGAGAUACCUUACAGCGAGUGCGACAGCGUGGUGAAGAUAUACAAGAAAGUGACGUCGGGGGUGCGACCCCAGGCCAUGAACAAGGUGAAGGAUCCCGAGGUUAGGGCCUUCAUAGAGAAAUGUCUCGCCAAGCCUAGAGCUCGACCCUCCGCGACGGAGCUCCUCCAGGAUCCUUUCUUCGCCGGACUUGAUGAUGACGAUAAUUACAAUAACAAUAGCAGCAUAUGCUCUUAGUUUCGACGUCAAUGACGAUCCAGUUAGAUUUCUUU